UACACAUAUAUAGGCGCUCGAUCUGAGUUAACACUCAUUACUAUAUUAAUAACAAUGGAGGGCUAUAAGCGAAAUAAACAGUGCACGAGCAACAAUAAGAGUACCACAGAAGCAAAUACGUCAGAUGAGCUGGUUGACCUUGCAUUGAUCAAAGCCGUUCGAUAUGAGCGCGCAGAUGACUUCAAAGGACGGAUACUUCAGAUUGCAAGUACGUGCGUGAUGGACGAGGCACGCCACGGCUCGGGCACAGUUGUGCAUAUCAGACAAUUUUCAGAUGUCGUAUCAAGCAACGAGUUUAUCGAUGCAGAGGAUGCGGCUGGUACGCUAAGAG